AGUGGGUCUAGUAAAAUACUUCUUAUUCAAAUUACUAGCGAUUUGGCACAGACCAGGAGAAGGGAUCUCUUGUUCGAAAGUUUAUAGAACCGCCAUUGCUACUGAGUAAUCUGACGAUUCGACGAAAUCGUUUCUAUUGUUAAAAUUUCAAGAGUUUGGUGUCCCUUCUCAAUACUGAUACGUUUAACCUGUGAUUCAUGACCGAGAAUCGAGAUCGGAAACUGAUCGAAGUAGAAAGAGCCAUAAACUAGUUCGACCUUAAAAGUCAUUUGGCGUUGAUCAUUUAUUCGCAUUUUAUAGACGAAAACCUGUGAUAAUUCGAAAACGUGUACUUCCAACUGAAAUAACAUGUCGGAUACAAGACGACGACGAAAAUCUGAUCAGUCUUGUGGUUCUGAUGACCUCUCGGACUCUUGUGAAGAAUUAAACGCAACGAAAGAAACCCAGAGCAGCGAGCAAACUGAUGGUCAUCAGGAUUCAGAAUGUGAUAUCUAUCCUUCUGAUUCUGAUGCUGAAUCUCAAGAUGGUGCAUUGCGAGAAAGUGGGGAUGGGCAAGAAGAAGAAAAACCGCAGAAAAAGCUGGAUGAUGACGAAGACAGACGUAAUCCACAAUAUAUCCCUAAAAGGGGAACAUUUUAUGAACAUGAUGAUAGAACCAUUGAUGAAGUAACAGAUAGUGCAGUUGAGUCACAAAAUGAGAGAGAAACCAAAGAAAAAAAAGUAUGGAAAGAUAAAGAAGAUAGAUGGGAUCAUGAUCGAUAUAAUGAUGAAGAACAGGCACCAAAGAGCCAUGAAGAAUUAAUAGCUGUUUAUGGCUAUGAUAUAAGAAAUGAAGAAGGUCCACCUAGAGCUAGAAGAAGAAGAAGAUAUGGCCGUGGUCCUAACAAAUAUACGCGUAAUUGGGAAGAUGAAGAUGCAUAUGGAAAGCCUGGAAGCAAUGUUUCAAAUAAGAAUAGAAAGUUUAAUAGAAGUGGAGAAGAUUUUCCUGCUCUAGGAACAAAUAAGAAUGCUUCCACACAUGUAGAAGAACCAGUAAUUUCAUCAGCUUGGUACAGUAGUAAGAAUAAGUCACAGAAUAAAGUACAAAAUUUUCCACCUUUACAAGCUCAAGGUGAUAGUCUGAAAUCAAAAUCUAGCAAUACGUCUAAUACUCAUACGAAUGAAAAUAAGGCUCCUAAUGAACCUACAAAUCCAGCCUGGAAAAAGGAUACUAAACAUUCGUCUCACAUUCAGAGCAGUAAUGGAAAUAAUGGAGCUGGUGGUGAUGCAGAUAAAUUGAUUAAUACAAAGAUAUCUUCAAAAGAUAAUAACAAGAGGAACGUUCAAGAGUCUGUAAGCUUGGCAGCGAGUAGAACUCGUGGACGAGGAUUCAGAACAAAUGCUAAUAACAAUAUGGUCACCAAUAGAACAGUUGAAAUCAAACCAAAGGGACGCGGAAUUGGAUUGACUAUCACUGAGAAUAAGAGAAAUAAUAUACAGAAUGACGACGAGCAACAAAUUACUCAUGACAUGAAACACGUUAGCGUUACUGAUGGUACUCAAUAUCAUCAAAGUGGAAGACAUAAUAAAAGCUUCUAUGGACAGUCCUCAAAUCAGCAGAGAUCAGGAACAGUACCUCCAAGAAUGCAGCAACAACAACCACAGCAGCAACAACAACAACAACAACAAUCGAUUCAGCAGCAAGAUGGUUCUGCUAAUAGGCCAAAACGUUAUUCAAGUUUGCGACAGCGAUCUACUGUUUCGGAUAAUCCAGGACCACAAAAUUAUCCACCACAACAUGGGCAACAUGGACAACACAAUCAACACAAUCAACACAAUCAACAUGGUCAGCAUGGUCAACAUGGAUAUUUUCCUCCUCAAGCUGGAAAUUCAAGAGGUGUUUUAGAUUCACAAGGAUAUCCACAAGGACAUUUUGAGCAAACCACACCUGUUGCUACUGCAACUGCACCUAUGACUGGUCAGCCUGUAAUUCCUAUACCACCUAAUGGUCAACCUGCCAGUUAUGCUCCACCAUUUUUAGUACCGCCACCUCAGUUUAUUUCUCCACAAACUGCUCCACCUAGUAUAAUUAAUUACGUUCCUGGUCCAAAUGGACCAGCAUUUCAACCAAAUUUCCAAGGUUAUCAAGGAUAUAGUCCACCAGUACAGCCACAACGUCCUCCACCUCCACAAGAAUUGUUUCAACCACAAGGUUGUACUUACUAUAGUCCAGCGCAGCAGCAGCAACAACAACAACAAUCAGCUCCAAUGAGACGACCAAAAGCAGCUAUUCCAAUUCUUCCACCACCAGAGAAUCAACAUCAGACCAGUCGAGGAAGAGGCAAACCCACACAGCCACAACAAACAAAUCAACUUGGUAAUACACAACAGACUGAACAAGAAGUUAAAAUUAACUCAAUAGAAAGUGAUCAGAAGACUGUGCCAGAACAGUUCGAUAAUAUAGAAAUUGAACAAACAGAAACUCAAGAAACAGAGAAAAUCGACGGUUCGAGUGCAAUAGCGAAUCUUGUGGUUGAGAAUACCGAAAAAGAUAUUAAAAUUCUUGAUAUCGAAACACCAGUGAAUUUGGGAGAUACUACUACCGAUCAAUUAGACGAUAUAAGUGCUAAUAAUUCAUCAAAAGUCAUUACGAAGGAGGAAAAUAUUAUUUCGCUUAAAGCUAUAGCACCAGUCAUUGAAAAGGCUGAAAAUGAUUCAAAGAAAGUAGAAAAUACAACGACUGAAAGUACAGUUGUUGAAGAAGCAGCAGCUUGAAAAAACAUCGUACAGCGUGUAACGUUCCUUGCGAAAGACAUAAUUGUGACAUUUCGUGAGUAUGAGUACAUAUAUAUCAUAAAGAUACUGUGUAAUUUUAUUGACGUUACCAUGCAAUCUGUAUAGAAAAAUGAUCUUCACAAAUUAUUUGUGAGAUACUUUAGGAAUUGGAUGUGUGCGUGUCUAAAAUAUAUUUUGAAUGAGUAUCUAAUUUCAGCAUAUUGUUGUAUAUUUCGUGGAUAACAUUUGUAUCAAUGUUUCACUACGAAUUCCAUCGAUCUAUUGCUGUCAUUAAACGUCAUCCUUCUAUAUUGUUAAACUCCUUUCAUAUACGAAGUCUACUAAUAAUUAAUUAUUAUUAGAGGCAACUAGUGUUAAACAUAUUAUUGUAUAUCGAGUAUUAACGCAUGCAGCAUCGGCUGGUAAAAUGACUAAUAAAUCGAUAUAUCUUUUUAAUACCAACGGCUAUUGUAAAUAGGAUAUAAUCAGGUCAGUAACCUCAGUAUAUAUUGUUUUUCGUGUAUAAACAAAUUUGUACUGCGAUUCAAGUAAACGGUGGAUGAAUGAAGUACAUUUAUUAGAUAAAGAACCACUACUUAAUGCUUUAAUUUUACUUAUAUUACACUAGAACAAAAGAAAUCUUUAAUCUGCAUCGUGAAGAAAUAAUCGUUACAUAAUUUACUAUAUCUUAAAGUCUAGUUAAGUCAAAAGUAAUACUAACUAUUAAACUUGUCAUUAAUAAAUGUUAAUCGGCUUUUCGUAAUAGCUACGAGAAGUCCAAACCGCGAUUAUUCUUUUUUUUUUAAAUACGCUUAUGAAGAUAUGCUUUGUUACUGGCAAGGUGGAAUGGAAAGAUAAUAUAUUGAUAAGAAGUUUUUCCAUAAAUGACUAAAUUUAUUUUCCUCUUUUUAACUUAUUAAGUUUUGCAUAAACUUUAAUUGUACGGAUCCUAUCAAUUAAUUUUAACUUGUAUAAAAUUUUCAUUAACAGUGUUGAUAUCAUACAAACAGUGGGAUUGAUCUUUCAGUUAAAUGAUUCUCAUAUGCGGUAAAAAUGUAAUUUUCGUGGACUGAAGAUAAAUUCGGUCAAGAUUAUAUGAAGUGCUAGUAGAAAUGUACAGAAUAUAAGAUUUACAUCAUAUAUUUAUGACAUAGCGAUAAUAUAUAUUAUUUAUAUCCUAUUAAAGUUUUUACGUACAAUUUUGUCAGCGAACUUUACGUAUCGUCUGAAGAUUACAUACAAUAUAAUAGUUCUAAAUACAAUCAUUCUAUUACGAAGAAUGAUUUACAAAUUCAUAUGUGCCUAUGUUAUAGUUUACGCUCUGCGAGAAUAAACAUCGAGCUUCUAUGUGGUAAUUUUUAAUAUUGUAAGUACAUUUUACAUAUUAAUUCAAUAAUAUUCAAUGUUUUGUUAUAUCAGAUGAUUCCAUUUUUCAAUGGAACGUAUAGUGUCUACCAAUUUUUAUGAAUUUGGGAACUAAAUAUAAUCGUUUUAACAAGUAUUUUUUAUUAUUUAAAAUACUACCGAGUGGAACAUAGCGUUUUUGUUAUAUUUAUGUAACAUUUUAUAUUCUACAUUAGUAUUAAAAUUCAAAUUACAUGUAAAUAAAUUACUUGUGAAUCUUACUGCGCGUCUGAUAAGUCAUAUUAUUGGUGUAUAUGCAUCCGAUCAAUCGUGUUUUUCAUUCUGCUGAAUAGUGGUUAUAGCGCUAAGAGGUAUAAUUUCGGUAUUUCGUUGAAGAUUAUUGUUAUUCUUAAACGUCGUUCGUAUCGUCGUGGUCCGAGAUUUUAUUCGAGGGAAAUUAGAUGUGCUCGCAAGAUAUCCACGCUGUAUUCGAGAACCAUUCUCUCGAGCACAGCGAAAUGUACGCCUAAACGCCUUCCGAAAUUUUCCUGUAAUAAAAGUUCUUGAUUAAUUA